AUGGACAGUAAGAGAAAAAAUCCCAACAGCUACUGUAUGGAUCAUUUGCCCAACUUGCUACGUUUUGCUACAAUUAGAGGCUCAAAUUAUUUCAGGCACCAGGGUUGGUACGGCGUGUUAGUCAAUCUAGCCGACGACGGGUCAAUUAAAAUUCUUAAAAAAUUAGAAAAUUAUGUUAAAAUCAUCUUCACUAUGAUAGAACUUUAUGGAUCUUGUGCUUCGAUACGCUCCGAUGAAUAA